GCGGGACAGCGGCCCGGAAUAGGGGGCGGGGGCGUUGGUCAUGUUUCCCUUCGGGCCCCACAGCCCGGGCGGGGACGGGGCGGCUGGAGCCGAGGAGCCGCCGCCUCUCGGAGGGCCGGCGGCAGCUUCCAGACCGCCCUCUCCAGCUCUGCGGCCGGCGUCCCCGCAGCGAGGAGCUGACGCGGCCUCUCCCCCGCCGGUCGCCGGGAGCCCUCGCCUCCCGGGCGGGCCCGCGGUGUCCCCUGCCGAGCGCGCCGGGGAGCUCGCGGCUCCCGGAGCUCUGGAGUUGGCCGCCGCCGCCGCUUCGCAGGCAAAGCUGUCACCCUCCUCCUCGCCGCGCAGACGCUCGAGGCCGGACUGUAGGGCGGGCGGGCGGAGCCGGCAGGGCCUCGGCGCAGGCCUGGGCGGCCCCGGGGCCAGACUGUUCGGGUGGCUAAGAGAGCGGAGCCUCGGUCGCGGGAUGUUCGUGGACCCGGCUCGGGACAAUUUCCGCACGAUGACUAACCUGUAUGGGUCCAUCCAUCCCGCAGAUUCGGUGUACCUCAGCACCCGCACCCACGGGGCUGUCUUCAACCUCGAGUACUCGCCGGACGGGUCAGUGCUGACAGUUGCUUGUGAACAGACUGAAGUUCUGCUUUUUGACCCUAUAUCUUCAAAGCACAUAAAAACUCUUUCUGAAGCACAUGAAGAUUGUGUGAAUAAUAUCAGGUGCACAGAAGAUGGGUGUCCACAUAAGAAAUUCUUUCAUACACGUUUUCUCAUGCGAAUGAGAUUAACUCCAGAUUGUUCCAAAAUGUUGAUCUCAACAUCCUCUGGAUAUCUCUUGAUUUUGCAUGAGCUGGAUUUAACUAAGUCUUUAGAAGUAGGCAGCUAUCCUAUUUUGAGAGCAAGAAGAACUACUUCAAGUUCAGAUUUGACCACUACAUCAAGUUCUUCUGGUUCUAGAGUUUCUGGUUCACCUUGUCAUCACAAUGAUUCAAAUUCAACUGAGAAACACGUGUCACGAGCCUCUCAACGAGAAGGAGUUUCACCACGAAAUAGUCUUGAAGUCUUAACCCCUGAAGUUCCCGGUGAGAGAGAUCGGGGAAACUGUAUCACAUCCUUACAGCUGCAUCCUAAGGGCUGGGCCACCCUUCUUCGGUGCUCAAGCAACACUGAUGACCAGGAGUGGACCUGUGUCUAUGAAUUCCAAGAAGGAGCUCCAGUGCGACCUGUCUCCCCUCGCUGUUCCCUGCGGUUGACUCAUUACAUUGAGGAAGCAAAUGUGGGCAGGGGCUACAUCAAAGAACUUUGUUUCAGUCCAGAUGGACGAAUGAUUUCUUCCCCACACGGCUACGGGAUUCGCUUGUUGGGAUUUGACAAACAGUGCAGUGAGCUUGUUGACUCUUUACCCAAAGAAGCCAGUCCCCUGCGGGUGAUUCGUUCUCUGUACUCUCAUAAUGACGUGGUUCUGACAACAAAGUUCUCUCCAACACACUGUCAGAUCGCCUCAGGGUGCCUUAGUGGACGGGUCUCUUUGUAUCAGCCAAAGUUUUAGGCACAACUUACAUCAAAUGAGGAACUCUUCUGGUGUUUGGCUUAUAAAUUACUUCAAUUUAGGUGAAGUAUGUUCUUUUUUAGAAGAUCUUAUAAGUUUGGAUCAAGAUCUUGGUUCUUAUGGGUCAGUGGACAUAUAUAUAUAUGUGUGUGACCUGAUACUUGGCCUUCCAGCGUCAUCCGGGCAUCUCCAUUUCAACCACGCAGCCUGUUCUGUCAGCAUUCCUUUGCUCCUGUCUGUGCCACUGAGCUUGGAUUUUCCUGGUCAUUUUGCAUGUGGCUCUUAUUCUCCCCAUCCUGUCUCCACCAUUCCUCCCUGCCUCCGUCUUCUUUUUUGAUUUUGGUAUGAAUUUUAUGAACAUUUGGCAGGAUCCUUGGUUGGGAUGAGAAAACCCAUGGCACUAGUAUUAAAUAAAACUCAGAAGUUGGAUGUUGGCACACUGGUGAUUGAAAAAGUUCAUCUUCAUUUAUCAGUAUACUUGGCCUUUAAAGUUCCUGUCAGAUAUUGAGCACAGUAAUAGCAUUCUCAUAACUGUUAGAAACUCUUGCAACAAGAUAGCUUUUUAAAGUUUCCUUUUAAAAUGACACACUUUAUAUCUCAUGUGAGAUUUUGUUGUGAAAUUCUAGAAAAAUAUUACAACCUCUCUUUGUAAUUUAUUUUACUUGUAUGAAUUUAAAAUCUCCAGCAUGUGUCUUUACUUGGUAUUUUGUUCCAGUCAGCAGCAUUGGAGAGGAAAGGGAAAGUCAUAAGCUUGGUCAUUUCUGUUGUUCAGAAGAUUUAUUCAGGAGGUUGGCACAGUAUCUGGCCAAGGAGUGAGGAGAUUAAUGUGACUUAGAUUGGCUGUGAUUCUUUUAAUCACACAGAUGAUGUUUCAUAGUAAUGGGGUGGGAGGGAAAUCAAAGAUUUUAUUGUGUUUGUUCCUUCAAGAAGGGAUUGAAGGGAGCUAGAGUCCUCUUUAAGCUGCUGUUAUAAAUCUAGAGUCAGUGGCCUGACUGACGCUGCUGUCCUGUGUUUGGUUAUGGAAAGUCUGGGAGACAAUGUGUAAGUACAGGCUGCUCCAGUCUUGAGUGGGCAAUGUCUGGCCAGGCUCUGCUACAUUGGUUGGUUGGUUGGUUGGUUGGUUGACUGACUGAUUGAUUGAUUGAUUGAUUGGUACUGUGUUAGAAGCUGGAAUAAUUUAAGCCAUGCAGCAGUAACCUUGUUCUCUUUGGUCACAUGCCCUUUAGGCCAGUGCUUCUUUAAUAUUAGGAUGCAGUACAAUGUACCCUGAAGGAUGGGUAAAAAGGGCAGGAAUCUGGGCCAGACGUUAAGACUGAGUUAGGCAGGGGAAGAACAGAACUUUAUGUAAAUGGAACCUCAAAUCUGCAUCCGGGUGGCCUUUAGGUCAUAGUUUAAAACACAACUUGAAGUACAGUAGAUAUUUCUUUAUCCAUUUGGUGCUUAAUAUAAUUCUCACAAGAUGUUUCAUCUAUUUAAAUAGUAAUAAUAAUAAUAGUAGCAAUUUUAGAGUAGAAAAUAACUUGAAGUGAGAUCCAAUUCAUUGUUGGACAAAUGAAAGAAGUCACAUGAUUUGCCUAUGGUCAUACAAACUUAGUGGUAAAGCCACUCUCUCAAUUCCUUGCUCAGGGCAGUUUCUUCUGUAUGUGCUGGCUUUUAAAAACAUCAGUGAUUGUGGACAUCUUAUCUUUAUUAUUGUAAAUAAGAUGAUAGGAUUGAAAAAGGAGGGCAUGGGAGUAGAUGCUGAGAGCUCUAUCCAUAGGAAAGAAGUAUUUCAGUACUUGAGAAAUUAGCAGCCCAAGUGUGAGUAAACACAGCAAUUCUCUCUAGUGCCCAUCAAACAGCUACUUACACAUCCGUAAGAGCUUGUGUCUCACUGAGAACAGUAUUAACUCUGUGACAGUCUUGAAGAGCCAACACUUCUUAUCACAGAGGCUGGAAAAGCUGGAAAUUUUGUAAUCAUUGAAAAAACAACCGGGCUGGUGAGAUGGCUCAGUGGGUAAGAGCACCCGACUGCUCUUCCGAAGGUCU